GGAAGAAGGAGUAUUCAGUAGAGUAACGUAGAUAGAGCCGGGACCCAAAUGCCGCUUCACAGAUGUUUCUUUUCCCAGGCUAUUUCCUUGGCCCCCACGGUCCGUCGCGGCCAGUUUUUGCUUUUUUUUCUUCUAUAUUCGCUUUCUCCCUCCUUUCUAGGGUAAACCUCGUUUGAUAGGUCUCCCAAAGGUGGCGUACGUACCCUGGUAAGGUCGUUUGCUGGAGGAGCUAAGAGUUUCGGAGCACAAGGCGACAGGAAUCGACCGUCAGCUACAUGUGCUCUCGCUCAGGAAGUCAGUUCGUCUCAUGUACCACAUCUGUUCUGCCAACCUAUUUGUGCCGAAAGCGCGGCAGACAUGAUGCGAGGAUGUGUAGUAGGUGGGCGGCAGCUAAGACGCUUGAGAUGGGUGCCGCCGCUGUAACCAUAAACGAUGCUCAGAUCAGGAACGUGGGGUAUAGGUAGUGCGGAAUGCCUCGUGCAGGUAACCCAACUUGAUGUAGGGUGAGAACAAGAAGAUUGUGCAUAUCAGGAAGGCAGUAUCAAGACCGGUGAAGUGAGAACAGUGAGAACGACUCGAUCCCUUUGGUAGGCUCGGUACCUUGUCUCCAGGUCUAGGCAGGUCGGUUGGUACGUUAUCGCCAAAUAAGCCAUGUCAACCGGUGAACCGGGAAUCGGUCAUGUCAUGGCCCGUUCUUGGUCGCUCAACUCCAGAGGGGUAGGGCAAGGCAUUCAGACAUGGCCAAUCAUGCUUACUGGCCCCUUCGUCGGUGAGAUGGACUGCGCCCUACUGGUGUAUGUAAAG